AUGACGUCGAACGUCGAGUACAAAGUCACCAAGCUCACACGCGACGACUACGACGAGUGGGCCGUCCUGUUCCGAGCAUACAUUGACUUCUACCGCUCCUCGCUUGACGACGAGCAGUACAAGAAGACCUUUGGCCGGAUCAUUGUGGAGAAGGACGGCCUCCAGGCUCUGGUGGUGAGGCAGGUCGGGGACGGGGCUGAGAAGAUGGUUGGGAUCGCCCACUUUUUCCCCGAGCUCACACCCUGGAGCGAGAAGAAGAUUAUGAUGCUGAAUGACUUAUUCGUUGACCCCGCGAUCCGUGGCCAAGGCCUGGGUCGUAAAUUGAUCGAGGCAGUCGCCGAUGUCGCCAGAGACACAGGGUGCCUUCGGCUGCAGUGGCUAACGAAGCAUGAUAACGUCACAGCGCGUGCUCUGUAUGACAAGCUGGCCGAUACGCAAUUUGUGCAGUACCGGAUGGCUUUGUAG